AUGAACCGGAAAAAAAAAGCUGCAAAAGAUAAAGGUUUGAAUUCGAUUCCUAUACCAUUUCCUUCCGCUCUUUUACAGGACGAUCAAAAGGAUCCGGCAUUUAGAACAAAUUUGAGAUUUUUGAUUAAUAUCAUCAAAUCAGCAGAUAAAAAUGGUGAUGACAAAAUAAGCUUUGAAGAAUUCAAGGAAUACAUAACCAAAGUAACCAGUGAUUCUGCGGGUGGAAAAUAG